AUGAACAAGUUGUCGUUCCUGUCGACCGAUCAGAUUGGUGAUGGUGACAUUAGGACGAGAAAUUUGUUCAACUACGAAAGGGCCUUUCCAUUGAGCAGUGCUAAAUUGGUCUGCAAAGCUGUCGGUGGUGUAAGACAUGGUGGUUGGCAGUUGGUGGACGAUAUCGCUCCACGUGAUUGGAUGUCUUCCAUAUGCAACGAAAAAUGGGCUGUAUCCUGUUGUGUCGUUUAUGUUUGUGUUAUAGGCAAAGACGAUAGUUAUGGCGUUAAUUUGACGAUAAUCUACUGUGGAUCCACAUUGAUCUUUAUUGGAGCCUUUUUUAACCAAACCAAUUGGAGAUACAAAUUUACUUGUGCUUUGUUCGAUAAUAUGAAUACUAUUGUGAUUGCCGAUCCUGUAUCAAAAAGCGCUACUGUGUGUAAAGAGUUGAAUUUGAUAGGAAAUACUCACGUCUCGUUCGUUGUAGCGUCGCAGAAGGAUAUAACAGAUGAAGGAAUGAAUAAGGUUGGGCGACGACCUGUGGUGAAAGCUAAGCUCGCCGCGGCAUGGCUGCUUAGUUUGGGGAAAAGUCUUCUUGCCACUCCAGCAUAUUCACUGCCUCAGUACCCUGCACACUGGGCCCUGCCGUCUCAGACGUCGGACGGCAUGGCGACCGGUGAGAGGCGAUCAAGUCUCAGGUUGCUCAGGACGUCAUUGAUUCUGGACCAAGGCGACACACGCAAGACUCGCCAUGGAGACUGUCUCAGACUGUGUACUUACAACGCGAGAACAGUUUCCACAGACGCUGACCUGCAUGCCCUUCUCGGAGCUGCAGAGCGUAUCAAAUUUCACGUGAUGGCUCUGCAGGAGACCAAGUGCAGAAGGAGCGACGUACGACAGAUGAAUGACAGUACACUCGUCAUUCGUGGAGAGAAGGUUCCGUCGCGAAAUGUAGGCGGUGUUGGUUUUGUUGUGCACCCAUCUGUCGUCCAACUCGUCGAUUCUCACGAGAUCCUGUCACCUCGUCUGGCCAUUCUUCGCCUCCGCCCUCUGCGCCAAAAAUCCAUCAGUAUCAUCAACUGCUACUCACCAACAUCAGCAGCUGAUGAAUCCGAAUUGAGCGCGUUUUACGAGGAGCUGGAGGAAGUAGUCCGCAACGAAAAGUCCUUUUACAAAUUCGUUGUCGGAGACUUCAACGCAAAACUAGGAAAGGCCACAGAAGAGGAAUACAGAAUUGGAAGAUUUGGACUAGGGGACCGGAAUGAAAAUGGCAAUCGUCUCGCCGGGCUGUUGUCCGCCGCUCGCCUCUUUCAUGGGAACUCUCUUUUCAUGAAAAAAGAUCUUCGUCGGUGGACAUGGGAAUCGCCCAAUGGCGCGACUCGUGCGGAGAUCGACCACAUACUCACCAACCGGAGGUGGUGUCUACUUGACGUCUCAGUAGUACCAUCCUUUCGUAGUGGUUCUGAUCACCGUCUCCUUCGUGCGAAAAUACGACUUAGCCACACGAUGGAAAAGAACAUCUGCUAUCGGCAACGAAGGAGAAAAGAAGUCGUCUACGACGAUUGCGUACUCGAGGACUCCCUGUCCCAAGGUGACUGA